GCCGAUGCUUGGGGAACUUUGCGAUAUUAUCAAAUUACAGUCAGUCGUGUAAAAAAAAAAAAAAAAAAAAAAAAAAAAAAAAAAAAAAAAAAAAAAGUCAACGUUGCAUCCACUCCAUGCACACACCAGUGCCGGGAAUCACGCUGUUAAUAUGAGGCGGCUGGAAGCUAACUGGAAGGGCUCGUUUCCUUGAGGAUUUGGAAAGAAAAAUACGCUACGCCCCGCGCGACUUGCUGCGAACAAGGUGUGCAGCUCUUCCGUUGCUCGUCUGCUCUCGCCUCCCGUUGCUGUUUCAACUUGUCCACCAUGAAAUCGUGCGGAGUGUCGCUCGUCACCACCGCCGCCGCCGCCGCCUCCUCCUCUUCGGCUGCUGCGCGGAGUCUGAGCGCCGCCGCUAAUGACGAGGAGAAAAUGGCGUCGGCAAAAGCGAGUGAAACCGAAGAGGACUUUCCGACGCUUACGACGCAAGAGAGAGCGAGUCUGCUCGGAAUUGACAGCUCACUGUUUGGAUUUCAUAGGCUUCAAGAAGAUGGCGCCAGAACGAAGGCCUUACUGUUCAAGGCUGUGAGCUGCUAUAACGCCCUCGUCCUGAAAGCAGAAGGGAAAGUAGAUCCUGAUAUUUUCUGUCAGCUCGGCCAUUUCCACCUCCUGUUGGAGGAUUAUCCAAAAGCAUUAUCUGCGUACCAGAGGUACUUCAGUUUACAGCCGGACUACUGGAAGAAUGCUGCCUUUUUAUAUGGGCUCGGCUUGGUCUACUUCCACUACAAUACCUUUCAGUGGGCAACCAAGGCAUUUCAGGAGGUGCUCUACAUUGACCCCAGUUUCUCCCGAGCUAAGGAGAUUCACCUGCGACUGGGACUCAUGUUUAAAGUCAACACAGACCACGAGUCCAGCUUAAAGCAUUUUCAGCUGGCUUUGAUCGACUCAAACCUCUGCACUUUGUCCAAAACUGAAAUUCAGUUCCAUAUUGCUCAUUUGUAUGAGAUCCAGAAGAAGUACCGAGCAGCGAAAGAAGCUUAUGAGAGUCUGUUGCAGACAGAGAGUCUUCCUGCUCAGUUGAAGGCGACCACACUGCAACAGCUUGGCUGGAUGCAUCAUACUGUGGAGCACUUAGGGGAUAAAGGCACCAAGGAUAGCUAUGCCAUCCAAUGUCUGCAGAAGUCACUAGAAGCAGACCCAAACUCUGGCCAGUCCUGGUACUUUCUUGGCAGGUGCUACUCCAGUAUCGGCAAGGUGCAGGAUGCGUUCAUCUCCUAUCGUCAAUCCAUCGAUAAGUCUGAGGCCAGCGCUGACACCUGGUGCUCCAUAGGCGUGCUUUACCAGCAGCAGAACCAGCCUAUGGACGCGCUGCAGGCCUACAUCUGCGCUGUACAGCUGGACCACAACCACGCCGCCGCCUGGAUGGACCUGGGCACGCUGUACGAGAGCUGCGGGCAGCCGCACGACGCCAUCAAGUGCUACGUCAACGCCACACGCAGCAAAGCCUGCGUCAACACUGCCGUGCUGGGUCAACGCAUCAAGCUGCUGCAGGCUCAGUUGUGUAACCUACAGCCAAGUAGUCUGCAAAAUAAGAGUAAAAUGCUCCCUAGUAUUGAGGAGGCGUGGAGCCUGCCCAUCCCCGCCGAGCUCACGUCCAGGCAGGGGGCCUUGAACGCUGCACAGGCACAGCAGGCUUGUAAGGAGGAGGGAGUCCAAAGCACCAGCAAUCACAGCGACCUUCAGGCCAGUCCUGCCAAAAAGAAACGCACUGCCAGCCCAGCCAAAAGUGUUGCGGACUCGUGUGCAGACAGCGCCAAUCAACAGCCGCUUCCCAGCUGGUACCUUACACCACAGAAGCUCCAGCUUCUGGAACACUUGCGAACCAAUAGAGCCAUCCUCAAGCCCCUCCAGGUGCAGAUGCUGGAUCAGCUGGAGAGCCAGUUCUCACUCAUGCAGCAGCAUCAGCAGCAGGUGAGGCAUCAGGCGAUGUCGGGUGUCCAACCGCGGGCCAGCCUUGCCAAUGGUCCUCAGGCAGAGUCCCCCACCUGCCGCGAAGGCCCCCCUCGCUAUUCCCCCCUCAAUCACGGAACCAUCAGACCGCCAUCAGUCACCCGACCCACGGCCAACGGAUCAUGCUCGAGUCCGUCGUUGGGGCCGCUCGACGGCGGGUCCCCCGGUGGGGACCGCCUGGCAUUGCCAGAAGGUGGCGGCACGAGCGACGGAAACGUGCCUUACGCGCAGCAGAACUGUCUACCUCACAACUGCACAGCCAUCGGUCACCCCGGCAGCGCCAGUCCCGCUCAUGCAGACGAGACGCGGAGGAGUCCACAUAGCGACGCCAACACUCAGGGACUUCACAAAGGUCCAGGUUCACAUUCGGCAGGUCCCAAUGGAGAACCCCCUUUCUCGUCCUGCUCCCCCUCCCCUCAGACCUUAUUCUCUUCCUCAGCUAUUCUCAAUCAGGUGGGACAUUCUUCUGGGCCCUGCACCGUCUCGUCCUCGGCUUCCUCCUUAUCCCCCGCCUCCCCCAGGUCCACGCCCAACCACUUGUCCUCGCCUACCCACUGCGCCACUACCUCAGGGCUCCACACCAAAGACAAUGCGCCUUCCGGGGGUUGCGCGGGAGCAGCUGCCAUUCUGCCGUCAGGUCCCGACGCCACCACCGCUGCAGGGAUUACCCCAAAUCUCUGCAUCACACCCACGCAGGGAUCGACUAAUCACAUCCGGCUGCGGGCGAAGGACGGACCUGGCUCUCCGGUCGCCGGUGCGCCCACUUUAGACAAUCCUCCACUCUCAGCCUUGCUAAAGGGAAAAGCCAACACCACCACGAAUGAUGAUAAUAAUAACUGUAGUAACCACGGAGGGCCUUUCUCAGAGAAAAUCAACAAUGUCCACGCCGGUGUCGCCAAAGCUGCGUCGGAGCACUCCUCGGCAUCCUCGCCACUGUCCGCCGCUGCCGCGCACGCUCCCAGCAGCCUCUCCUGCCUUAACAGCCAGACCGACAGUCAGGGGCCCGCAGUGAAUGGGAAGGAAGACUCUCUGAGCCCGCAAAAGGUGGCGACUCGGGAAGGGGCCCUGCACAAACACUCAGCCCCCGCCACCCUGGCUCCCUGGUCUUCGGUUUCCAUCUACCCCAGCUCCAGCGAGGUGCUCAAAGCGUGCAGAAACUUGGGCAAGAACGGUCUGUCGGCAAGCAGCAUCUUUCUGGACAAGUGCCCGCCGCCACGACCCCCGAGCACACCCUCCCCUCCCCUGCCAAAGGACAAGCUCAACCCGCCGACGCCAAGCAUUUAUUUGGAAAACAAGAGGGACGCCUUCUACCCUCCCCUACAUCAGUUCUGCACCAACCCUGCCAACCCUGUCACCGUCAUCAGGGGCCUGGCAGGAGCCCUCAAACUAGACCUGGGCCUCUUCUCCACCAAGACGCUGGUGGAGGCCAAUCCCGACCAUCUGGUGGAAGUGCGCACCCAGUUGGCCCAGCCCACUGACGAGAACUGGGACCCCAGCGGCAGCCACAAGAUGUGGCGCUGUGAGAGCAGCCGCUCGCACACUACCAUCGUCAAGUUCGCCCAGUAUCAGGCCUCGUCCUUCCAGGAGUCGCUUCGGGAGGAGAACGAGAAGAAGAAGGAGAUGGAAGCAGAGGUAGCUUCAUCUGAUAGGCGGAGGAAAUGUCCUUUCAAGCACAUCAAGUUUGGCACCAACAUAGACCUCUCUGAUGAAAAGAAGUGGAAGCAGCAGCUCCAGGAGCUGACCAAGCUGCCGGCUUUCGCCCGGGUCGUCUCGGCCGGCAACCUGCUCAGCCACGUGGGGCACACCAUCCUGGGCAUGAACACGGUGCAGCUCUACAUGAAGGUUCCCGGGAGCAGGACACCAGGUCACCAGGAGAACAAUAACUUUUGUUCGGUGAACAUCAACAUUGGCCCUGGCGACUGCGAAUGGUUUGCUGUGCCUGAACCAUAUUGGGGUGUCAUCAACAGCUUCUGCGAAAAGAACAACAUCAACUUCCUGAUGGGCUCCUGGUGGCCGAACCUGGAAGACCUGUACGAGACCAACGUGCCUGUUUACCGCUUCAUCCAGCGCCCCGGGGACCUGGUGUGGCUCAACACUGGUGCCAUCCACUGGGUGCAGGCCAUUGGCUGGUGUAACAACAUCGCGUGGAAUGUCGGACCCCUCACAGCCCAUCAGUACAAGCUGGCAGUAGAGCGCUACGAGUGGAACAAACUGCAGAGCGUCAAGUCCAUUGUUCCCAUGAUCCACCUCUCCUGGAACCUGGCCAGGAACAUCAAAGUGUCUGACCAAAAGCUCUUUGAGAUGAUCAAGUAUUGCUUGCUGCGGACUCUGAAGCAGUGUCAGAUGCAGCGGGAGCUUCUGUUGGCUGCCGGGAAGGAGUUAGUGUGGCACGGACGCACCCACAACGAGCCUGCGCACUACUGCAGCAUUUGUGAGGUGGAGGUGUACGACCUGCUCUUCGUGACCACCGAGAGCAACAGCAGGAAGACCUACGUGGUGCACUGCCAGGACUGUGCCCGCAGGGGGAGCCCCAAUCUGGACAACUUUGUGGUGCUGGAGCAGUACAAGGUUGAAGAGCUCAUGCAGGUCUACGACCACUUCACUCUGAUACUCCUCAAUCCGUGUGCAAAUGGAGCAGAUGGGAUAGGUCCACGGUAAUGGACAGAAACUGCCACCUACGGUGAUUUAUAAGAGGAAGACGCUGCCUAAAGAAAAGUUUCCUGCCGAAGUCAUCGUUAAGGCCAAUCAGAAGGGCUGGAUGGAUGAGGAGACAAUGAGAGAGUGGCUGAGUGUGGUGCACGUAAAGAGACCGGAUGGUUUUUCCCACGCGUCACCGUCCCUGUUGAUCUGUGACUCCAUGUGCGCCCCCAUCUCACAGCCGCUGUGAAAUAAUGAACAGUGCAGCAAAUGAACACAGAGCUUGCCAUCAUUUCGGGAUCCUUGACGAAGGAACUCCAACCGCUGGACAUUGGUGUAAACAGGGUGUUCAAAGCGAAGUUGCGAGCGGGGUGGGAGCGAUGGAUGACAGAUGGCGAACACCGCUUUACUAAGACUAGGAGGCAGCGCCGGGCGAGUUAGGCCACCAUAUGUGAAUGGAUUGUGGAUGCCUGGGCUAAGGUAUCCGCUUUGACUUUCGCGAAAGCCGGCAUCAUUGCUGAACAGCCCCCCCGGCAACGAGACUGACUCCGACAAUGACGAGAGGGAACCCGGCGUGUUUGAUGGAGAACUUACCCAGCUGUUCAUUUGGACCCCCAAAUCCAAGUGUGAAAAACUUGUUGCAUCAUUCCCAAAAAGACUCAUGGCUGUAUUAGCUCAAAAUGGGUGCUUCUACUAAAUACUGAGCAGAGGGUUUAAAUACGUAGCUGUGUAAUUUUUCACUUUUUCUUGUUUAAUAAAUCUGCAAAAAUUUCAACCCUUGUUUUUUUUUCUGUCAAUAUGAGGUGCUGUGAGUUCAUUGGGGAAAAAAUGAAUUUAAAGGAUUUUAGCAAAUGGCUGCAAUAUAACAGGGGGUCUCAUUACUUUCCAUACCCACUGUAUAUGCAGAGGUGGGUAGUAACCUGCUCCAUUUACUCUGUUACAUAGACUCAAGUAACAUUUUCGAUAAACUGUACUUGUCAGAGUACUUUAAAUGCACUCUACCUUUUACUUGAAUAUUUAUGUGAAGAAGGAUCAAUACUUUUACUCCGUUACAAUGAUCGACAUGCCGUUGGCUACUUUUAUUUACCCUUUCUUGUGUAUGCGCGUCUAUUUUUAGACUCCAUCUUCGCCUUCCGCAUGGGGGCACGGGGCGCCCGUCGGGCCGAUCAAACGGGAUCACUGUCAUUUGACUCUAAUUCACCAAUCGGACGACACAAGGCAGUGACAUGACUGAGUGCGUCGCCUUCGCGAGCCAAUCAAAAUGACUAAUUUUGGGGCGAAGGCGGGGACAGCUGUGUGACUGUUUACUUUCCGGACUCCCAAAAACAACAGCUUUGUCAUGCAGCUCUUCAAUUGUGACUGCCCAAACUUGGAUAUUUCAGCCCACUUCUAACUUGAGAUAACACCUUACGCUAAGUUGCAGAUGUUUUUGCUGUUGUUUUGGCAGUGGAUAUGGCAAAAUUAGCUGUGGUGCACACAUCAAACAGCCUCUUCAUGAAGUCAUAUAAGUGAAUAAAGCAAAUAAUGUUUCUGUAGGGCCCAAUGCAUGUGUUGUUGAUUUUUGGGCAGUUAAACAUUUAAAUGGUGGCAGGUGUGUGUGUCGACUCCCAUAUAUUUAUUAAUUGUUUUUAUUUAUUUAAUUUGUUCAUGCUCUGAUUUAAUAAAAUAAAAAACUGAAGUUACUCACCAAUUACUCAAUUCUUUCUUACUCAAGUAAAAAUUUGGAUGACUACUUUUUGCUUUUACUAGUCAUAUUCUAAAGUAACAGUACUCUUAUUUGAGUGCAAUAUUUGGCCACUGUACCCACCUCUGCAUAUGUGUUUUUAUGUGUGUGUAUAUAAUAUAUAAUGUUCUUGACAUCAUUUCAAAAAUAUGCAAAUUGAGAUCAAUUGUUGUGCAAGUUAAUUUUAAUUGGUUGGCAGCUCUAAAGUCCUAGCAGCCAAAAAAUCAGCAUCAGGAACGCAAGAGUGUUUGUUGAUGCUUUUAAGAGGAGGUUCAAGACUCACCUGUCUGCUUUACAUUCUGAUUUGUUCUUAUAUAUUUAUUAAUUAAUUUAUCUAUUUUUUGAUCCUAUUGUAUGGAUGCCAUGUAGCCGGUAGUUUGUUGUUGGCCGACACGAAAAUGACACAUG